CUCGACAGUUGUGGAUGUGGCGCAGUGUCAAAUUUGCUGCGUCGGUCUCACGCCACCAUGAUGAUGUUGUCUCGCUCUGCGCCCCGGCUGCAAGCCAUCUCGCGCGCGUCCACGCGCGCGGCGUCCACGACCCCGUUGUCCGUGCUCGACCCCAAAGGCAGCGCCACGAUUGAAGAAACGUACGCCAAGAUGGAACACAAUCUCGGCGUGAUUCGCAAGACGUUGAACCGCCCGUUGACGUUGGCCGAAAAGAUCAUUUACGGCCACUUGGACGACCCCCACUUCGGCACCCCCAAACGCGGCGAAACGUACUUGAAGCUCCGCCCCGAUCGCGUUGCCAUGCAAGACGCGACGGCCCAAAUGGCCGUGCUUCAAUUCAUCUCGUCUGGUCUUCCCAAGACGGCCGUGCCGACCACGAUCCAUUGCGACCACUUGAUCACGGCGGAAAAGGGCUCGACCAUCGACUUGAACACGGCCAAAGACGUGAACAAGGAAGUGUACGACUUUUUGGCGUCUGCUGGCGCCAAGUUCGGCAUGGGUUUUUGGCGCCCUGGGUCUGGUAUCAUCCAUCAAAUCGUGUUGGAAAACUACGCAUUCCCUGGUGGUUUAAUGAUCGGAACGGACUCGCACACCGUGAACGCUGGUGGUCUCGGCAUGUGCGCCAUUGGUGUGGGUGGAGCUGAUGCCGUCGACGUGAUGGCCGGCAUGGCGUGGGAACUCAAGGCUCCCAAGGUAAUCGGGGUCAAGUUGACUGGCAAGUUGAGCGGCUGGACGUCGCCGAAGGACGUGAUCUUGAAGGUCGCCGACAUUUUGACCGUCAAGGGAGGGACCGGCGCCAUCGUCGAAUACUUUGGCCCUGGUGUCGAAUCGAUUUCGUGCACGGGCAUGGGCACGAUUUGCAACAUGGGUGCCGAAAUCGGCGCCACGUGCUCGACGUUCCCGUACACCCAACGCAUGGCCGACUACUUGAAUGCGACGAGCCGCCCCGGUUUGGCGUCGGCUGCCGACUCGUUCAAAGCCAACUUGGUUGCCGACGACGGUGCGCACUACGACCAGAUCAUCGAGAUCAACUUGGACACGUUGAAGCCGUUGCUCAACGGUCCGUUUACGCCCGACCGCGCCAACUUGGCCGGCAAGGGCAUGAAGGAAGCGAGUGAAAAGCACGGGUGGCCGACCAAGUUGUCGGCCGGGUUGAUUGGGUCGUGCACGAACUCGUCGUAUGAAGACUUGAGCCGCUGCGCCGACUUGACGCAGCAAGCCAAGAAGGCCGGCUUGUCGUUCAAGGUCCCGUACUACGUCACGCCCGGGUCGGAACAAGUGCGCGCCACGAUUGCGCGCGACGGCAUCCUCGAUACGUUUCUGGAAGCCGGCGGCACCGUGCUCGCGAACGCAUGUGGUCCGUGCAUUGGUCAGUGGAACCGCACGGACGUUCCUCAUGGCGUCAAGAACUCGAUUGUGACGUCGUACAACCGCAACUUUGCCAAGCGCGCCGACGGGAACCCGGAAACGCAUGCGUUUGUGACGUCGCCGGAACUAGUGACCGUGUGCUCGAUUGCCGGCACGACCACGUUUGACCCGGAAACAGACACGUUGACGACGCCCGACGGCAAGCCGUUCAAAUUUGACGCGCCCCAUGGCAAGGAAUUGCCGCCGCGCGGGUUUGACGCUGGCGAGGACACCUUUCAACCGCCGCCCGCCGACGGCUCUACGUUGACGGUCAAGGUGAGCCCGACGUCGGACCGGUUGGCGCUGCUCGAGCCAUUUGACGCGUGGGACGGCAAGGACUUUAUCGACUUGCCCGUCUUGAUCAAGGCCAAGGGCAAGUGCACAACGGACCACAUUUCGAUGGCCGGUCCGUGGUUGAAAUACCGCGGCCACUUGGACAACAUUUCCAACAAUAUGUUGAUUGGCGCGGUCAACGCCGAGAACGACGAAACGAACCACGUGCUGCAUCAGUUUCACGGCACGUACGACAAGGUGCCGGCCGUCGCGCGCGCGUACAAGGCGGCCGGCAUUUCGUGGGUCGUGGUGGGCGACGAAAACUAUGGCGAAGGGUCGUCGCGCGAGCACGCGGCGCUGGAACCGCGCCACUUGGGCGGCCGCGCCGUGAUUGUCAAGUCGUUUGCGCGCAUCCACGAAACCAACUUGAAGAAGCAAGGCAUGCUCCCGCUCACGUUUGCGACCCCGAGCGACUACGCCAAGAUUUCAGGCCGCGACAAGAUUUCGAUCGUUGGCCUCGACUCGUUUGCGCCCGGGAAGCCGCUGACGCUCCACGUGACGCCGCCGUCGGGCGACGCGUUUGAUGUCGUUGUCAACCACACGUUCAACGACGAACAAAUUGAAUGGUUCAAGAACGGCAGCGCGCUGAACUUGAUGAAAAAGUUGAACGCGUGACGUUGCCGAGAUAGAGGAUGCCGUCCAUAAUACACCCGUUUGGUUUGAGUGGUGGCUCAGCCCCGUUGGUUGCGCGGUGCCGCUGCCUGUGUAGAAUGGGCAUGAGGUCGUCGAUCGACGGCGUCCCGCCGCUCGUUGG